CGGUAGUGUACGUUUGGUGGUCAUCGUGCGAGUUUCGUUCGACGCCGCUGUGAAUGAGAAUAAUAAUAAUAAUAUUAAUAUUAAUAUUAUUUAAUUAUAAGCGAGAGAAUUUGUAGCGUUUUUUUUUUUUUUUUACACAUAGUAUUCGUUUACGAACGGUUAUUUUUUUUUCGGCAAAACAUUUUUCGUUUACAUCGCGUCUUCUGUACAACCGAACGAUGUCGGUGUCCGCGUUGAACAUGACUCCGUACUUUACCGGAUACCCGUUUCAAGGUAAACGAAAAAACAAAACAAAAUAUUAUAUAUUUUAAGUACUUGACCAUAAUCUUUUUUUGGGUCGUUGCUGCAGUAUUAUAAUACUAUAAUAAUUAGGUAUAUAAUUAUAUAUUAUACACCCAAUAUAUUAUUAUAAUAGAACUCGGUCGGCGGCGAUUGUAUUUCACGUUUAUAUAUAUUUCAUCGUUUUAAAAAUUUGCGUUAUGCAUAGGUCAGGGUAGAAUGAAUCAAUUGGGUGGUGUGUUCAUCAACGGUCGUCCGCUGCCCAACCACAUCAGACUGAAAAUCGUGGAAAUGGCCGCGGCCGGAGUCCGGCCUUGUGUUAUUUCCCGACAGCUUAGGGUGUCACACGGGUGCGUUUCGAAAAUCUUGAACCGGUACCAGGAGACUGGGAGCAUCAGACCCGGCGUGAUCGGUGGCAGUAAACCCAGGGUGGCUACGCCAGACGUGGAGCGACGUAUCGAAGAAUACAAAAAGGCCAAUCCCGCAAUGUUCAGUUGGGAAAUCCGCGACAAACUCGUAAAGGUGCGUUUAAAUUUAUAUACUAUCACAUUAUAUAGGUCCAAAAUAUUGUUUUACACGCACACGCUUUCGCGUUUAUCGAUUUUUUUUUUACCCGUUUCAACUGUUACGAAAUCGAGUUGACAAAUUUAUAAUAUUUUCGUGCAACAAUAAUUUACAUAGUGACAAUCGUUAAAGUCUCCAGCGUCACAACGAUGUCAACUCGACGAUAAUAUUUACACAUUCACCAGCACAAAUAGUGUAUAUAUAUACACUAUACAAAUGAAAUAUUAUUAUUAUAUAUUAUAGGGAAUAAUUUCGCGUAUGGAAUAUUAUAAAUUAUAAUUUAUUCGAACAUAUUAUAAAUAUUAAUUCGUAUAUAAAUGAACGUCAACUACAUGAUUUGUCCGCGGCCAUACAUUAUGGUAAAAUGUUCAUGUUGUUGUGCUGCAGUUGUGAUACCUAUAGAGCAAUUCGUUAUAAUACGCAUCUAAUUAUGUAAAACUAUUAGAACUAUACUGCAUCGGCAAAACGAUACGAUAUUUUUCGGUUAUGUUAGGUUAGGUUAGGUAUAAUAUUCUAUUUAUCAAAGUAUAUAUAAAUUGAGCUUUUUCAACAGUUAAACAAAAUAUAAAUAGUACAUGCAUUUUUUUUUUUUUUUUUGGAAUCCAACAAAUCAAUUAUAAUUAAUUAUAAAAAAAAAAAUAAUAAUAUCGGUGUAAAUUUACUAUGGUAGGUACCUAUAUCUAUGUCUAUUGAGUAUUAGGACAAAUAAUUAAUUAAAUGUUGCGGUUUUUUUAGCAUAUACAGUUUGUAUAGGUACUAUACAUUUACCAAUUAAAAUCUAUUCACGGCGCGCUAAUACCUAUAUAAUAGGAUUAACUUUAACUAACUUUCACUCGGUAUAUUGUUUGUUUUAUAUAUAAUAACAAAUAUGUAUAUUAGUAAGUUUUUUCUUUUAAAAAAAAAAAAAAAGCAUAUCAUUGUAUAAACUGUGGCACGGUUUUGAUAGUAUAGGUAUUUGUCGUAAUAUAAUAUUAAUUUCGCAAACCUAUGCAUCUAUAUGAAUAGUAUAUCUCAACAAAAUGAAAAUAUCUAUAUAUAUAUAUAGACAUGUUUAAUGGUAGAAAAAGCAGAAAAAAACGUCCAUAAUCAAUGAUGUUUUAUAAUAAUAUUGUCAAAUUCAUUUAACCGAAAAGUUAUAAUUUAACAUAAUUUAGCCAAUUUUAAUGCAAAUUAAAAAUAUUUAUAUAUAUACCUAUAUUGUUUAAUAUUAUUUCGUUUUUAAGACUUGACCUAAUGAUAGACAUUUUUCAGUAAUAGACAAAUAUAUAUAUAUAUAUAUAUAUUCUUACAUUUACUAUAGUUAUAUAUAUAUAUAUAAUAUAACAAAGAGUUUUUUAAUUUAUCACAGUUAGGAUGUAAAUAUAACCUACUAUAAUUAUAUCCAGUAGAAAUCUCUUAUGAUAUUCAAGAGACUAGUUAAAAUUAAUCAUGCUUACCGGUUGUCGAUAAUAGAUUUUUCCAAUAGAACCAAAAAUAACCGUCAUAACAUCCGACGUACAUCCAUACACAGGUCAUAAUAAUCGAUACGAUACACAAUACGAGUUUUGCCGGGAUCUUCCAUUUGAGGUCAUUACACCCGAUAUGUUACUACAACCGGUGUCAUAUAAUAGUAAACGGUAUCUACUCUUUACAAAUUAUCCUUAUGCUUUUAUUGUUUCAAAUAAGGGUAUUUUCGAAAAUACAAGAAUAAAACGUUUUAUAAUAUAUAAGUAAUGUACCUGGUCAUGUACAGUAAUGAUACAAAUUAAAAUUAUUUAAAUAAAAAUAAUAAUUGUUUAAACAAUAAUUUGCGGUUGAGGAUUUUCGGUCAAUAAAGAUAUUAUGCGUGUUUUAAUUUAACUUAAUAUUUCUUAAUAUUUUAACCAUUAAUAACUUAUUAAAAAUAAAAUUAUAAAAAAUUUAAUUCGAUCAAGGCAUAGUGCCUUAUAACGCUCGUUUAUAUAUAUAUAUAUAUAUAUAAAAUAUAAAAUAACUAGUUCCAUUACCUUAAAUUCCUCAACCAGUAAAUCGCAAUCACGGAAGUGCUUUUGAAAUGCUUUUGUGAGACAGAGAUCGGAGAAAGUGAAUGCAAUUGAUGUAAGGACCCGUUCAAUAUUAUAAAUUAAUCGUUAUUAAUUCCACGCAAUAAAUAAUAUCUAUCAGGUAUUGUGUCUUAAAUCUUUGGUCCCAGAGAAAAAGGGCUUAAAGUCAACUUUAUACAGUUUUCAAACAAUUUAAAUUUAUAAAACUGUUAAAUUUCUAAAUGGCUUAAGUUUAUAUUGUAUGGAUUUUUGUAAGACGAAAAUAACCUACAUUAAAAUGGCUUAAAAUAGAUGCUUUAAUUUUCAGUAAAACACGUGCUGUAUAUAAAUGCACAAAAAUUUAUGCCGUUUAGAUUAAAAAUAAAAAGUGAACGAAAGAAACAAUUAUAUAAAAAAAAAAUUACUUAAGCCCAUUAUUCCCUAGGACCAAAGAUAUGUUUACGAGUAUUUAAAUAUCAUGAAAAAUCUUUUAUUAAUCAUCAUUCAAAUUAUAAAUGUGAACGUUUAUUUUAAUGUACAUAUGGAUUUAAUUAUUCAUGUAAAAACUAUUGAACAGAUUGAGUUGAAACAGGUUGCACAGGUGUGUCUAGACCUGGAUAAUAACAUGUAUGUUACCUUUCUUCUCCCCUUCCGAAUACAAUCCCUAAAAAUGGAUUAACACUGAGUUAUUGUUAUUUUUGGUACGAAAAUCGAAUUAUUUUUCUGAAUUCUGGUUACCUUGGAGAUAUGGAUGCGAUUAAAAAUUAAAAUCAAAACAAAUAAAUAAUAAGGUAUUUCAUGUAAUAAGACCGUAAUAGUUGUCUCGGGGACAACGAAAAACAUAAUAUAUCACCAUAGAAACGUAAGGGUGUAUUGUUGGGUUGUAUUUCUUCUGACCCGGGUAACGCCGGGCGGGACACCCAGUACAAUAGUAUAUUAGUUUAUAAUAUAGCGUUUAAGUUUUUGUGAACAUGCGUAUUAUGAAAAAUAAUGUUAAUUUUUUCCGUUUGUAAUUAAAUCAGCAGGACGGCAUUUGCGAUAAGAACUCGGCUCCUUCGAUCAGCUCCAUUAGCCGACUGUUGCGCGGCGGCAGACGGGACGAACUCAAGAACCAUUCCAUCGAUGGGAUUUUGGGUAAGUCUUUGGACAUAUUAUACGAGUACUCUAUGCGCGCACAUUAUUAUACAGACAAAAAUACACAAUGUUGUAUACAUGACGAUACUAUACCCAUUUAAAUCCACCGCCCACAAAAACCCCGAGUGAGUACGUGUGAACAUCUUUGUAACUGUGAUAGUGCGAUGCGUGUAUAAAUAACGGGUUUUAAAAGGGGAAAAAAAACUACCGUAAAUGCCCAUACCCGCCGACCGUACAUACACUCGUAGUCAAACGUAUAAUACAAAACGUCUCAAUAUAAUACCGUGUAUCGAUUCCGGCUACUUGUUGCCCGCCAAGUACAAGGAUCGCUACCGCGCGAACGAAACCGUUAUAUAAAUUGUCGAAAGGAUAUUGUCGCGGUUAUAAUAUAUUAGACGUGCGGAACAUAAAACCAUUGUUGAAAAUCACAUAGCGUUUGACCGCAAAAAAAAAAAAAAAAAGAGAGAGAAAAAAGGGCGAAGAAAAUAUCGUAUGUACCGUGUAUAAAACUCGUAUAUACGACGAAAUUGAAUAAUAAUGAAUAGAAAAGGCGUGUCCGUGAUGUGCGCGCGUGAGAAUAUCGUCUCUUGCGGGCGGCGACCACCAAGAGGGUUUUCGCUACUAGCGCACGCGGGUGGGUUUUGGGUUAACACUUUUUCGGGAGAGAAAGACAGGGGGAAAAACGCGCAGUUUAUCACCUCGAAGACCACGGCCACGGCGGGGUGGUCGAACACGGGCGUUUACGACCGUAUUUAGGAUACCGGUCACAGCUACUAUAUAUUGUGUUAUAUUAUUAUACGACUACCACAUAUAUACAGGGCGAUGCUUUUUUCACGGUCCGAGAGGUUUUUUAAGGAAUUUUUUACCCGUUAUCGUCCGUUUUCUGUUUACCGAACUGCAUUCUGUGGAUUUGUCUAAACGUUAUUUUCACCCCUAUUCCGUAUAUACUUACGGUAAUCGAUUAUUUUCUGUAAACGGAAGCGUCGCAGUUCAAUCGUCUUACGAUUGUUCACUUUUCAGAUCUGUGUUGAAAUGUUAAGAUAACAUUGAUUUAAACUAUGGAGGAAUAGAAGGAUAAAAAUUGAAAAUAGUGUUAAACAGAGCCUAAACGAUUCGAUAAUGACCACAAGAAAAACCAUAGAAAUCCUCUUGAUAAAAUAUAAUCACUCUGUAUAAACCUACCUACCGUAUAUUUUAAAUACGGUUUUUGUAAUACUAGUGUAUUACAUCGGGACUCGAGUCUUCGUACGUAGGUAUAGUAGUAGUCUGUAAUAACGGUCUAAUAAUUUUACUAAAAAAAAAAAAAAUGAAGUAAUAUUAUAAUGAAAAUCGAACGAAUCUAUAGUUUUUUUUUUCGGUAAACGCGCACGCACGGUGAUGUUUAUAAUUUUUUUUUUUUUUUAUACGGACAUCGGCAGCUUCACAAGAACCUGUCACGGCGGGGUGUCCCCUAAUAUAAUAUUAUUAUAUUGUAAAAGGCUUGCCGACACACGUGUGAAACCCGUUUAAUUCGCCGUAAUUUAAAAAUGGAUUUUUCUUCUUCUUCUUCAAUUUAUAUAAAGCUGCUGCUACACAUAAUAUACCUAUACGGCUCGCCUGCCUUAUUUCUUUUUAUAAUUUGUAUUUUUUUCUCCGGUCGGAUUUAAUGUCAACCCGCCAACAGUUUAUAUACCUACGAGUUAUUAGCCCAGUUUAAUCGCUACCCACCGCCGCCGCCGAAUACGCUUAAUUUUUUUUUUAUACUAUCAACGAAUUGUGCCAAACUAAUAUGCACGUACCCGGCGAAGUCUGUUUGUAAUAAUAUUCAAAUAACAAAGUGUGUACACAAUUGUUAUUUAUUUUUUUUUUCUCGUGGAGCCGAUGCUGCAACAACGGGUAUAUAAUAAUAUAAGCUCGAAGAAUAAUACGAUUUGGUUUUUUUUUUCUGCCAGACUAAAGGCGUGUCCGUAUACAUAGUUUUUUUAUAAAAAAAAAAAAAAAAACAAUCAUCAUCCGUAUAAUAUUAGAUUAAUGUAUUUAACCGUUCGAGCUGAUUAAAUCGCGGUAAACCCAUCAUCGCGCGUAUUCGUAAACAAACAAACACACCUGUAUGGAAAUAGAAAUCGAUUUUUUCUUUUUUAAACCAUUAUCACGGCAGUUAUUAAAUACUCGUAAUAUUUUUUGCGAUUAUUCUAUUUAAAUGUAUUAUUAACCGGAUACGGACGUAUUAUGUUUGCUGCGAAACCGAAAUAUUAUAAUAUUAUGCGAGUGGAUAAUAUAUUAAAUCGUUGUUGUUUUUUCGCCGUAAUAUAUUAUAAAACGUGUCGAAAAAUAACAAUAAUAAUUAUUACCGUACGAGUUUAAAUUGACACGCGGUCGUAUUUCAUCGCGGAUACCGUGUAUCGGUAUACAAGAUAACGAUCGUAUAAUUAUAUAGCUGCAGGUAGCCAUCAUGCAAAAAUAUUAUAGGUCGGAUGCACCGCUAUAAAAAAUUGAAAAUAAUAAUAAUAAAAAAAAAAAAAAACAAUCGAUCUUAUGCGCAUAAAUAGUAUCUAUAUCUGCGUUGCAUUCGACAAAUAUACGAUACUAGAUAUACGUAUGUAUACAAUCAAAGAUUUCCGUGAUAAAUUAAAUCGAAAACCUCACACGGAUAUAAACGAGGUAGGAGGAGUUAUAGGCGGGAAGCGCCUUAAUAUUGUCCGGCGGAAUCGGAUAGAAUCGAGAUGAAUUUCGAGGUGGGUAGGCACGUAAAAUCGAUAGAAAUCUAAAUAAUGCGUUUAAUCCGCGGUGGCGUGUGUACGAGAAUAUAAUAGCGUUUUCCGACCGACUUAAAUAGCAACAUAAUAUUUAACACUGCACGCGGUCGGUGAUAUUGCACUUCACUCGUAAGUGCACCCGGUUUUCGUAAUAUAAAGUGGAACAUAUAAUUACCGUGGUAAUUUAUUAUAUCAAAUUAAAAUACAAAUCGCAUACAAAACUACACACAUGUUUAUCAUUUAUAUCGUUAAUUUUAUAACGUCAGUAUAUAAAUAUAUUAAAAUAUAAUCUGCACCGUUACACCGUCAACGUUAAUAAAAUCAAUUUUCGUUUAAUCGAGCAAAUAAUAAUAUGGCACUACACCGUCAUAUGGAAUUUACAUUAUCUAGAAAACUGCACUACGGUGAUUGCGGGUGACAAGUAAGCAAAAAGUGUACACUAUAGUGCAGUCAGAUAGAAAACGCUGAAAAAAAUUAUCGUCGCUUUGAAUCGAUUUACAUUUUUUAAAAGUUUCAAUAACAUUGGUUUUCAGAAUGUCAGAAGAAUGUAACGGAAUAGUUUCUAUUUUAACUCAUCUUUAAUACGCAUAAAAUAUGUUUUAAUUAAACCUGAACAUCACUGCAUGGCCCGUGGCCCGUGUGCCUCAAUCCCCUUAUAUAUACGUUACUGGUUUAAUCUCUCGAUUUGUUUUUUUUUUUUUCCAUAAGCAAUCGCAUCGUCGUAUCAUCGUUCUCGAAUUUCGCUCUCGGCUCUCGUGAAAAUAAUUAUUGCGAUUUAAACAUUCAUAUUAUUAUAAUAAUUAAUAUUUCAUUACAUAGGUAGGUACAUAUCGCCACUAUAAUAUUAUUAUUGAUCUGCGUAGGCGACGAUGACGCGACGAUGUACCAGCAAUAGUCUUGGAACAAUAUUGUUUUCUCCGAGUGUUUUUUUUUUCAACCGCAAGUCUGCACCCACGCUAAUAAACUGUUUUCGCACUGUCGCAUAAUUAUUAUAAUCUGUACGCACGUUUGCGAUAUGAAACGCUAAGGCUGGGCAAGAGACAAGUUAAAAAAUACAAAUUUAAUAGUUAAUUUUAACUUUUAACAAUAUUUUUUUUGUUUUAAUUAUAAUAAAUCACGCGUUUAUUUUGAAUUAUUUUACCGCGUUAAGUUUAUUUUUAAUUAUUUUAAUUUUAUGGGGCGUCUAUGCCAAAAUUUGUUUUCCUUAUCUAUCUCGCGCAUAUCUUACGAAAGAUAUUUGGUACAAAAAAAAGUUCGUUCUACCGAUAGCCUGUGGGAACCGCGGAUCUGUUUGGCGCUUGGAGAAAUAUUCGGUAAUACGGAUACGGUAGCAACGGUGAAGAGUAAAUGUAUUAGCUGGACAGUACAUAAAUGGAGAGCACGAGAUCAGACAAUUAGAGCGGUAAAAACAUGGAUAAUCAAUGGAAAGAGACCACUAGAACGGCUAAGACAAAGAUUGCGGAGUUAACGACCAAAUGCGGUCAAGUGUGAAUUUGCUGGCCAAAUGCUAGGCGUCAUAAACGACGAAGAAUAAGCUAAUUACAGAGAAGCAGCGGAGAGUUGUAGUGGUUGCGGCGAUGGGCUUAAAUGGCCUCUAUUAAGCCGCGAAAGAAGAUGAAAACAGUGAAACAAAAAGAAACGCUUAAAACUGACCUUAAACCGAUUUCUUUCCCGACACCGAAGACGACAUAUUCAUGCGACUAUAUAUAGCGGUUUCCUGCGUCGUAAUAUUAUUGUUAUUAUACACACCUCGCGUGUAUACUGUACCUGUGUUUUAUCGAAGGCGCGAUAAACACCGCGUAUACACGCCUAAUGUAUGAUUUCCAUCCGGCGAUUUCGGGCCGCCCAACACUCGGCGGUAUCGUCUCUACUACGUACUAUAAUGAUAGAUUCCGAUGGUCGAGAUUUUUCUAGUUUUUUUCGUCGGUUUUCAUUAUUAUUAUUAUUAUUAUUAGUAGUAGUAGUAGUAGUGGUAGUAGUGGUAGUAGUGGUAGUAGUAGUACGAAUAGCAGUAGGUACUCGACAUCGGUUAUUAAAUGUAAAUCGUUUCUGAUGACGACGCAUAGAUAAGAACGAUAAUAAUAUGCAGGUGGGUCGUGGGUAUAUAUGAUCUGCGGGAGACGCGCGCGGAAUUCACAUCACUGAUAUGCGCGCGCAACGUCGUCGACACGGGCGUACGGGGGUUGGGUAAUUACUCGAAACCGGGUACGUACCUCGGUGGGUAUAAUAUAUAUGUUAUAAAAGAGCGUAUUAGGUACCGCGCGCAGUAUAGCUGGUAGGUGGGUCGGUAGGGUACGUAUAGGUACCGGGCGGCCGGACGCUCGACCGCCGUUUUGCUGCGCCCGGAGCGCGUUAUAGAUGAGGUUAAAUGAUUUCCGUGGACCGCACGCUCUCGCGCGUAUUAUACACGGCCGCGUAGUAUACCGGUAACAAUAAUAAUAAUAAUUAUUAUUAUUAUUAUUAUUAGGAAAAAAAACAAAAAAAAAAAAAAAAAACGAAAAAUUGUUUUAAAAUUGUAUAAUAUUAAUAUAUUAUAAUGCGUACGCCUGUGUGUGUAAUACACAGUAUACACACGCAUCAAUGCUGACGAGCAUAUACCCGCACACACAACGCAUUACGAAGAAUAUUCAUAAUAAUAAUAAUAAUAUGAUUGAACGCACGGUAUUUGUUAACACUGUCAAAUAGCGAGACGUGAAAUCAAUCAGCGCGCGUGUAUGUAUAAUAUGUAUCGGACUCGCCGGCGACGUAUAUUCAUUUGCAUAUUAUAAAUAUUUUUAUUUUUUUUUUUUUCUCUUAUUCGGCAUAAAAUAUCGUAUACAUCACGGAUGCGUCGUUUUCGUACGCCGAGUGUUUUGUACUGCAGCUACGGGAUUCUUCGGUAAUUUAUAUUAUAAUAUUCAUAUGUAUAUAUGCCCCGAUGAGAUAAAUACAAUAUUACGUGUAUACACAUAUUUGUGUAUAUUUAUUAUAUACUCCUGCGUUCGGUGGCGUAUUCGAGAUUUUUCCGCCGAGUAAAUAUAUGGGCAUGUGAAAAUCUUAAACAAUAGUGUGCGUGCGUGUGAGAAAAGAAAACUCUUGUAUAAUCGAAAAAUGAUGUGCCCGACGCACCGGAUAGAUCCGUAACGAAAUCAAAAAAUUCGUUUGUCGUUUUUGUUAUUAGAGUAAGAUUUGAGGUAGAGAACGCGUUAACGGAUAAAAAAAAAAACACGCCAAAGUUGAUUAUUGAUAAUAUUACACCGCCCCCCCACCUCCACAAAUACCCCCGUAAACAACAUAUCACGCGCUGCCCUUGAAAUUUUCAAUAUUUUUGCCGACUUUGUCACGCAAAACAAUAACGGGCCAAUUUCGGUUUCUGUACGUAUAUACAGGUCCGAGCAGCGCGGACGAUUCGGACACAGAAUCGGAACCGGGGUUCCAUUUGAAACGGAAACAGCGCCGGAGCCGGACCACGUUCACGGGCGAGCAGCUAGAAGACUUGGAACACGCGUUCCGCAAAUCGCAGUAUCCGGACGUGUACACCAGAGAGGAAUUGGCUCAAAAGUGAGUAAAAUCAACGAUUAUAAAACACAUAUUGUUGCAACAAUGACGAUACGGUAUAUUCUAUGCUCGCACAGUCGUAUGCUGUACGCGUAUUAUGCUUACAUCGCACGGGGGGGAAAACGAAAAUCGAGUGAGGAGAGAGGACGUGACCCGUUGAAUGUUUCUCGCGGGGUACAUGCGCAUAAUAUAACGUACGUAUAAAUGUAUAAUAUACAGUGUGUGCAGAGGUAAUUGUCGGCUUCGGGUGGCCCGCCGACGGUGAAAGUGAACCGACGACGACGCGUCGCUAUCUCACGAUCGACCGAUUCGGACACGGAAAUUCUCGGACCCGUCCAAUGGCGACUAUAUACAAUUUUAUUUUAUUUUUGUAAUGUCGUAAAGGUCACGGCGUGAUAUUAUACUGUGCAGUGUAGGGUCCUUUCGGGAUUUUCGUGAAAAUUAAACAAUAUAAUAUAAUUACAAUUCCUCUGAUAAUUCCGCGCGCACGGACGUUUUCCUGUACGGUCACUCGCUCGCGCUCGCGCACGAGUCGUAAUAAUACUACACGUGUUAUUAGAUUUUUUUUUUUUCACAUUUAUUUUAUUACCGAUUUCUGACGGUUCAACUGGACGCGAAACCGCACGAGGGGGUCAUAUUAGUAUAUCGUAGUACACAGUUUGGUUUUUUUUUUCGUAAUAUUUUGUAAAAUGUCUGGAGAGUUACGGUUUCGUAUUAUUCGGUCAUACAGUCGAAGAUUUUUCGAAAUUCCGUAAACUUAAGUUUAUGAUGAUUGUAUAAUGAAGUUUAUAUUUAUAAGCUUUUUUUUUCCAUAACCAUACUAUAAAAUAUAGCCUUGCCGCUAUAAUUUUUUUUUUUUCAAAAUGUAUAAAUUUAUUUAGUAGUGGUAAUGAGAACAAUUCAAACUGUUGUAGACAAUAAACGGCUCAUUAUUAGUAAACAUUUUUAACACCAAAAAUAUAUUUUAAAAUAAAUGUAUAGCUGAGUAUAUAGCAAAGAAGCUAUAGUUUUACUAAAAUUCGUGUUUUUUUUAUUCUUGCUCGGAAAUAUUUAAUUAGUAAAAUUACUUAGAUUUUUCAUGUCGUACAUUAAAAGACGCGGAAUUUCUGCCCAGUGGUAUUUUAUUUGAAAUAUUUAUCAAAAUUUUUCAACAGUUCAUUCUUCUUUAGGACCUUUUUUUUUACGAAAAACGAUAGUAUACUGCUUAGCUCAAAAUCGCUAUUCGUUUACAAUGAUUUAGCGUUGCACACUGUAUUGUUUGAGUUAAAUUUUUUAUUAUUAUUAUUGCAAAUUGCCUCUGGUACAAUUACUCGGGUACACUUAACACGUAAUAAAAUGACGCUGCGUCUUCCAUCACUACACAUUAGAUAUAUUAUUUUAUAUUUAACACGUCUAUUAACGAAAAAAAAAAAAACCGUUUCGAAUAUUCUCUAAAUCAUGAAUUUAUAAUACCCGUUAUGUAGAACACGUUAUAAUAAUAAUAUAAUCGUAUAAGUGUACGAAAAUCGAUAUGGCCGAACGGAACUUAAAAUCUAUGAUUACAAACAGCCGUUUUUUUUUUUUUUUUGAUUUUUUAUCAUUUUAAUUUCGAAUCGUAGUUUAAAAAAUUAAUUUGUAAUUUAUUUCCGCGUAACAUACACACAUUUUUAUGCCGCGUUGAAAUUAAAAUUCUGAGAAGACGAUAAUAUAAUACACUGCAAUAGUUAUAGGUGUAUAGCUGCGGUCCUUAUAAAUUAAGUGACGGGCGCUCGUCGAUCGGUUUAAUAACAGACAAUUAUUGUCCAAUACACAGUAUUAACCACAUUAUUACUAUAAAAUUAUAUAUAUUAUAAUAAGAAAUGUGUCUAAUACUAUUAUGGUUAAGUGAGAAUUUUUAUUACUGCAGUCUACUACACGCUCGUCUACAACGUAUAGGCGAACAUCACUGACAGCGCAGCGCCAAAAUGAAAAAUAAAAACCCUACUGUCGAACCGUAUUUGAAAUUAAUUGAAAAAAAAAGCGUAGUGUAAAAAAAAAAAAUUACGACAAGUUUACCGUCUCUGCGAGAGAAAAUCUAAUGUUAUCGUAUACUUACCAUGCGUUGUUAUAAAGUAUUAGGACAAAAAUAUUAUAUUCGAACACAUAUUUUCGGAACUCGAAAAAACAGUAUUGAAUUUGUGAGGUCUAUGGGAAUUGUUUAUCUAAUGAAAUGAGCGGGAAGGGGGAAAGAUGUAAUAAAAAUAUUUGACCCACUUUUCGAGGACUUUUUAUUCAUUUGCUUAGACGUACUCGUAUUCCGAAAAUAAUAUAUAAUAAACGAAUUAUUUACAAGUAUUUAUUCGAAUAAUAGGUACUCGGAGUAAACAAAAUAAAAAAAAUCCUUUUACACUUCGGCCUCCAUCGAAAUAAUGUACCUAUCCAGCUGAGGAUCCGGAUUAUCCAUCCAGAUUAUCCAUUCGAUUCGACGGGGCUGAUUUUCUAAAUCUCGAUCUCCCCAUCGAACAUGGGGAUGUUGAUUAAUAAGAUUGUCAAAUAAUAAUAAACCUUUUUAAAUCUGUGUCAUCACAUGGCGUUUUACAUUCUCGAUAUUAUCGGUUUACUACCUGCAGGAUAAAAAAUCGUAAUAUUUUCUAUGCCUUGGUUGUUUUAUUACCUGAUGGCUCGGGUUUUUUUUCUAAUAAUUUAUUUAUAUUGUUAUUUUUUCACUCGUUUAUUUAUUUCAAACGACAAUUGGUCUUUUUUUUUUUACACAACUAUUAUUUAACCGCAUGUGUGCUAUUUGUUUUUCGCGCAGGACCAAACUGACCGAGGCCCGUGUGCAAGUGUGGUUCAGCAACCGCCGGGCGCGACUGCGGAAGCAGAUGGGCACGCACCAGCACAUGAACGCCGCCGCCGCUUUUAACCCGGCCGCCGUGGUCAGCUUGUCCGCGGCCGCCGCAGCCGCCGGCUCUUUCCAGUCCGGCACGGGCCAGCACGCCGGGGCUCACGGACAGUACGAUCACCACGUCCACUCGACCGCGGCCUCAGCGAACUUCAACUCGCCCCAAGGUAAGCGGACCGUAUAAUGCAUACAUUAUUAUUGUGUACUGCAGGUAUAUUGCGGCUAAUGUUGAACAUUUGAUUACGUCGAAUUUUCGUCCAGUAUGAUCGAUUUUGUGCCGUUAGUCAUAUAGUUAGAGCAGUGGUUCCCAAUCUAUAUUAUUUUACGCCCCCCUUUAUAGCUGUUUUAAAAUCUCUCGCCCUCCCUUCUUCUUUUAACAAACAUGACGAAAAGGUCAUUAAGGUGUCGACAAGCAAACAAAUCUUAUCAAAAAUAUCAACGGUCCCUCGUUUCCUCUACCUAAAUACGACUUUCCUCGUAAUCUUUAUCGAUAUCCAAUCUCCGGUCAUUAUUACAUUUUUUUUCCCUAAAUUGUAAAAUACUAAUAAUUUAAUAUAUACAAAUUUUACUUAGUGAUGACUGCUUGGGCCUCCCCAGUAAUGUGUAUUAUACGCCCCUCUAAGAGGGCGCGUGCCCCCUGUUGGGAAACACUGGGUUAAAUAGUUAUAUUUUGAUUUUUGAGCGAGACACGAAUACGAGAAAUAUUACAUUUCAAAACAAAAACAACGUACAAACACGGCCAAAUAUGUCCUUGCAGCCUUUAAGUUUGAUAACAGGCCGAAUCACGAAUAUUAAAACUAACGGCGUGAAAUCAGUUCUACCGGACGAAAAGUCGACGUUAUUCAAUUUUCAAUAUAUUAACCGUAACCGACAUCUACGUUUAUUAUAAUAUUUUAAUAAUAAUAAUAUUACUCGAUAUUAUUCCGCGCGAUUUUCUCUUUCGGCGACCCUGUACCGCCCUAUUAUAAUGUAUGCACGUAAGUGCAAUAUUGCGCUGUACGUGUGUUUAUGAUAUCCUGUAUAUAAUAUACCGAAUGGUACGACGAUAGCGGUUAUUAUAAUAUUAUAUACCGCGGUAUAAUACUAGGCGCGCGCGCCAUCACGGAAAUUACACGGUGCGCGACGAUUAUUAAUACACACCGGUAAUGUUUUAAUGGAUACUCUUUGAAGUUUGACCGUAAUUUCGACGUGUACGCCGCCGCGCGGUAAUUACCGUGUUCGGGUUGGACGGAAUAGACGGAGAUCAAGACGGCGAUCGAGAAAGAGAGAGAGUGAGACGGAAGACGACGGGAGACGCGCGGACCGAACGCGAACACGAACGGGGCCGGAAAUUAUACAAACCGCCCGGGCACGUACUCGGACCGUGCGCGAUUUUGUUUUUUUUUUUUGUUUCACUCCCCUCUUUUUCGUCGUCGAACGUGUGAUUUUAUUACGCGCUGUAUAAUACGCUCGUAUACAUUGCGCUUUGAAUUUUUUUUUUUUAUAAUACCAUGUCCAUAAUAUGUUCCGAGUUCUUCGUGGUCGGCGACUGCCAAACGUUCAAAAUAUGAAUGCCCCGGACGUCCCACAGUCUUAUAGCACCGUGACCGUAGACCUUUAUUGUAUUGUAUAUUACGUGUAGGCGGGAAUUCGAUACGAUUCCCGAGCGCUGGCGAAUCCGAUUGACCGCCGUCGUUAAUUGCCGUUAAAGUUCGCAAAAACCAUCUACGCCGCUCGUGAAUGAUGUGCCACUGAUUUAGGAGGAGAGUUGAAAAGGGGGAAGAUAUAUUGAGUAAUUUAAUAUCGAUAACUGUAGGCACGCGAUAUAAAACGAUUCCAUAAUUAGUAUUAAUUAGUAUUUUUAUAAAUAAACUCUUCAAGGCAAUUCCUAUACAAUUUUUGAUUGGAACAAGAUUUCUAAUAGAAAAGUUGUUUACUAACUUCAACACUAAAAAAAAAAAAUACAUAAUACAAAAACCAAAAAUAUUCCUCGCUUUGUUUAGUAUCUUAAAAAAAAAAUCGAUCUGCAUAUAUUCAACAUUUCUUAAAUUUUGACCCGCAUAGCCGCCAUCAUAGUUUUUAUUGUCAGUUUUUCUCCAUUAUCAAUAAAGCUGUCGGGCAUUUUUAAAAUCACCCUUUGAACAAACUAAUUAAAACGAAAAUCGUACGUCGUGACGUUUUUAGAUUGGAUCAAGUUUCUGUUCGAAAUUGCGUAUUCACUGCACAGGAACUAUUAUUAAAACCAAUAUUGCAUUACUCUCGCUCCAUUUAUAACCGUACGAUCCCCCAUAGGGUAGAGGGUCAUCCCCUGUUUAUAGAUUUUCGACCCUCGUCUAUGCCCUUCUACACAGAUUUCACGCGGCCAUUUGUAUCGCGCGGUGACCCCGUUUCCGACGACGAUGUGUAGAUUUUCGACCUUUAAUCUAUUGUCUUUUCCCCUUUUUCCGACACAGGAACUUCCCACGGAACUUGGCCGGCCACAACAGGAUACUACCCCACGGCCACUUGCAACUAUGGUGGUGGAAAUAGUGGCGGCAGUGGCAACAGUAGCGUCAACACUGCUCCGGCCGACACCACCAUGUACCAUCAUCAUCACUCGCAUCACCAGAACAACGGCGGUGGUGGCAGCGGUGCUUCGUAUUCGCCACAAGGAGGAACGGAUCAUCAACAUCACCAUCACUCACUCCAAGGAUGGGCUAAGUCCGCCAACAAAGAAGUCGCUCCGGCUACCACAUGGACCCCGACCCCCGACAAUUACUCGUGAGUAUAGUAUAUUAAAAAUUAUAAUUAGUAUAGUUAUAGAUAAUAUUAGACGUGUUUUUGCGAUGCAUUUUUGAGCAACCUGUUUACUAGUUCAGUGAACAAACCGUUCAGUAAAGUUCAUGUGCGGCGUGAGUGUAUAAAUCGAUUAUGAACCAGUCACACAAUAAUCUCGUUCGGGCAAAUUGUGUUUAAAUUCUUUUUGCAAAACAGUCACAUCGUAUAAGGAGGGCGUUAAUAGGUAAAUUGCGUCCGACAGAAAAUCCAUCAAAACGAAUAUAAAUUCCACAUUUUUAAUAUUUUGUUAUUAGUUCAUCGAUUGCCGUUUUAUUGAGUCCACGUGUACUAAAAUGAACAUCAUGAAUAGUGACCAAAAUAAAAUCUUAAAAGUGGUCGGUAGCCACAAAUUUAAAUUUUAUACGUUUUUGAAAAAUGAAACUGAAUUAAACGUUUUUAACGCACAAUUUUGUUUCAUAAUAUUGAAUAAGAGUAAUUUGUUCGUUGGAACUCUUAAUGGACAAAUUAUAAAACGAAAAACAGUAGACCAAAUUUUUAAUAGUCCAUCUAAAAUUAUAUAUACUGAACUGAACGACGGUAAUAUGGAAAGUUUAACUUCCGGAGAUAUUUUAUUGAUAACAAGAAAUAUUCAUAGUGUGAUCACUUAUAAUUCAUUACAUUUAAUAGACGUAAUUUAUAUUCAUCAGAAAAAAUACAUGGGACGCAAUUCAGGCCUUGAUUUGACAAUUCGUGGGCUCGGUACAAUAUCAAAUUUAAGUCCCUUAUCAUAUACUUCCUUUGACAGUAGCUUUUCAAAAAACACUAAUAGGCAAAUAACCUUCAAAGAUUUUCCGGGACGCAUUUUUCGGUCAGCCAACAAAAUAAGAUUUUGGCGAUGUUGCCAUAAUAACAACACAGUGUAAUGCAACGUGUACCGUUUAUCGAAGAGUGCAUCGCCAAAACACGCUUAUCGCAUUGUUUAUUAGCUAAACACAUAUUAUUAUAUAAUCGCGGUUACCGCGUUGUUGGUACACAUUAUUAUAACCACGUGAGGAUAGGUCCGGGUAGUACACAGUAGUAUAAUAUUAUAACAUGAAUGGUGAACAUAUAGUGCGGAACAAACGUUUUGUUGUGGUAUAAACACGCGAGACGUGGUUGCAGGCGCGUAUUACAAUAAAAAAAAAAAAAAAUGCUGACGGUCGGCCGAAACGAUUAUUAUUAGCCUACCGUCCUCGUCCGACAAUUUCGUUUUGUUUUAUUUUUAAUAAAACAAUUUCAUAAUUAGAUUACGUGUAAUUUGUUUCUUCUUACGGAUCGUCCGGACCGCCGUCGCCGCCGCCGCUUGUGAGUAAUCGCCAGAAAUUAAUAUGGUUUGCCACGCGGAGAAAUUAUACGCGGGACCGCCGCCGCCGCCACGUAUAAAUCAAGAUAAUGAAUUAUUUUUUUUCUUCUUCUUUUCCCAUAUAAUAUUUUUUUAUACGAUCGCACCGGCGGUAUAUAUACCUAAUAAUAAUAUAAUGCACUAUAAUAUUAUAAAUAUAAUAUUUCCCCUCGUUUCGAUCGGUCAGUUGAAAAGCACUUGUCAUUAGAUUCGGCCAGUGCGCAUUACCACCCAUGCAGUCCGUGCGGGCUUAGAGACGCGCGCGCGCAACAGUGACUUUUACAAAUCGACUAUAUUAUACGCGCGUCUAUAGGUAUAUACACUGAACGCCGUAAUAAUAAUAAUGACCACCGAGUAUACAUUCAUUAUAACGGAAAAGAAAAAAAUAUUACAUUUCUUCAGAAGCCCUCCGGUUCGCAUUCAUUACCUUAUACAUCAUAACACGAUGACGACGACGACGACGACGACGGUUUUACGUGUUACGCGCGCUGGAAGAAGAGGUUUUUUUUUUGUGAAGGGGAAAACAAGGGUGGUAGCGAUCGUCGAAAUCAAUUUUUAAACGAAAAAGCGGACACGUUGGACGCCCAACAUUUUUCACAUUUCCGAUUUCCAUACAAGAGUGUAUGAUCCACCGGUUAGGUCGAAUAACGAACAAACAAAAAUAAUAUCACGAUCGUUUUUAAUAUAAGUUCAUUUUGAAAUAAUGAACAAAAACACUAAAAUAAUAAGUGCAUAUUAUUUAGUUUUCAAGUUACCUCAAAAAAUACUUAUUAAUUUUCUAUAAUAGUACGUCAUUAUUCAUUAUACAUGUCGCCACACAAAUGAUGCACACCUGCCUACCCCUUACCUUUAAAGUGGAAUAUAUCAUCAACGGACUGACGGAAAUCAGAGAUUUCUUAAUACAGGUUAGGUUGCAAUUUAAAAAUCAAAAGUAGAUAUAGGUUUAAAAUAGAUAGUGACAUUUUAGAGAUGACUGUGUCUUAAAUGUUCUAUAAAAUAAAUUCCAAAAAAUUUAAUAUUUCCCAAGAUAACGAAGUUUUACAUCAUUUUGUUGAUCGUUUUGUUUAUUGUCCGUAUGCACUUUAUCUUUCAUCAUGUACGGUUAAGAAUUUCAUUAAACGAUUAGUCCAAUGUUUGAAAAUUGGAAGCUUGAUUUACUUUAAUAUUCCGGUUUAUUCUGGUAAUUUUUUCGCAAUUUUUUUUUUACACCGAUUUUCGACGGUUUUUAUACUGUUUUUAGGACGUGUAUAUCUGAGCACCAACUGCAUAUAUAGUGUAAUGGAGAAAAAAACCGGAAUAUUAUUUUCCGUUUUCCCGCGACGAGAACAAAACUAUUUCAUUCGUCGACAGCGUCUUUAUAAUAUUAUUAUAUCAGAUGUGCAUUCGAUGGUAAAAUUGAAUGUUAUUAUUAUCAUAUUAUAGUGAAAAUAUUUUUAUUGACAUGUCGCUUCGUGGCCGGUCGUACUUGAGAUUUCAGACGUUUAAUUCGGUAUUUAUUCUUAUUCGCAGGUUCUUCGCCGGAGGCAACACCAUAUACGGUUCUACGGGUUCCAAUCUAGCCCCGCCGCACUCAGCCAGUGAAGCCAAGUCCGGUUAUCCGUACUUCGGGCAACUGUCCCAAAUGGACACCAUGUGCGGCAGGGUGCAUUAAGUGUAUACGUUAUUAUGCAAAGACGUCGUAGUCAGACUAUCGGUGAUUGCACUGCUGAGAAUAUACACAUUCAUUAUUUCGAAAACUUGAAAUUUUUCGGUACAUAUUUUAGCAUUUUAAAAUGCGCGUACCUACGUGGAAUUCGUUUGAUUUUAAGAUAUUAUUGUAAAUACGAGUACAUAUAAAUUAUAUUAUAAGCAUUGUAUUCUGAGUCCAAAAUUAUUAUACAUUAGAUUAUUUUAUUAUAAACGGUAAAACAGCAGAGAGUGAUAUUUUUCUCUUAAAAGGAAAAAACCGGUACGCUGUGUAAUAUUUUUGCUAUACAUAUUUUGUAAAUAAUUUAUAUUAAUAUUCCGAGCAAAAAAAAUAAAAAAAUAAAUUAAAAAAAUAAUACUAGGUAUAUGUAUAUUUGUUCGUAUGUUAUUAUUAUUAUUAUAUUGUAAUUAUAUUAAAAUAUUGUCGUGUAAGAAUAAAAUACACCCGC